AUGGUCAUCCAUGGAACAUACCUCAUAGUCAAGGCAGUGGGUAAGUAAGAACUAAUUAAAUUAACUGCAAAUGACCGCAAACGUAACGAAUAUGCCGCAGAACGAAGGAUCUCAGCAAUAAACAUACCAAGUUAAGUCGGACUACGAAUGUUCUUUAAUAAUUUCUCAAUUGCGCGUGCUAAUACAUGUAUAGAGCUAAUACUUUGUCCUUUGGCUUACCUCAUGGCAACCAUCUAAAGUUGUAAGUUGUGUUCUUUUAUAAUUAUUAAUAUAUAGAUUUAGCCAGGGCUAAAAGCGAAGCUCCCAUUAAUAAAUUUAUAAUUUAGAUCAAACAAUAAACCUGUAAUCUACAAAUCGGUUAACUUAAGGGCACAUAUGUGACUUUUUAGGGAAAGCUAAGGCUAAGUGAUUUUAGAGUGAAAAAAAGUCUUACAUCGAGUUGAUAGCCUUACAUGUUCACCCAAAAAAUAGCAAACAUCUUCGAUCACAUUUCAGAGCCAUGAUGGCUCUUGAUGACAGUAGAUUAGGCCUGGAAAACGAAUUCUUGGAAAACAAAUCAGGCCUAAUUUUUGACGUUCGACAAGUUUACCUAACAAAAUCUUGCCAACAAAUCUGGGUGCGUGUAAACCAACAUUUCAUACUUUUUAUACAUCACAUCUGAGGUGAAACAGUAAUAUGAGGCGCUGUUUUUAUCAUACAGACCUCAGACAAAAUGCAGUAUUUCACAAUUUUUCAAGACAAAGCAGCACGAAGGAUUUAAGUAAAACCGUUCAAAAAAUUUCAAAAAACCCCUAUACGGCCAGCCAGUUCUCACUUUUGACAAGCGCCAAAUUUUCAGUAAGCAUUAAGAGAGUUACGCUUCAACAUAAUAAAGAAGUUAUUGUGUUUAUUUUUCAUUUAAUGGUUUUAAAACGAUGUGUAAUCUUAAAAAGCAUUUGAUACGCGCGGCAUUUUGAGUACUCCUGCAAGCGAUGUUUAUGAACGACUGAAAACAAACGGCAAAGUGUUUAACAGAGAGAGACUACUAACGGUCAAUAAAAGAAAUAUAAUUCGGUGAAACAUUUACAGAGACAAAAAUUUUCAUUCACGAAGACAAGUAUUAAAGCGUCUCUAAAAAUCCUAAGUCCUUAAGCUGAAGCUUAAAGCUUUUAGCCGGCUUCCCCGUGUUUACUGUUUUCAAAGAUGAACUCGAGGCAAGAAAAUCGCUCAAAGCUUUCUUUCUACAGCCAAAAAAAUAGCUUAUGAACUAAUCGAGGCGGGGGGGAGCUGAAGACAUAUUACAAAACAAGGUUUAUAUAUAGAUGGACUAAAUAACAGUGAAGACACUACAAUACAGUAAAUAGAAUUUAAACUAACAUAAAACAAGGCAUGUACUUAACGAUUACGAAGAGAGGCUAACCUAAAGUAUUAAAUAACUUAAUAAGACGGGAGACUUCGACAUAAUCAUGUAAGCUUAUAUCAAAAUCUCAUACUAGGUCAGAUCAUUGUCUCAGAUCUUAAUACAAACGUGCAUAAACUAGCCUCAUAAACUGCGCUCGACUUAAUGAAAUUAGAUAUACAAAAAACAAACACAAUAAUUACUCAGACUUACCAUUCGAGAUACAGCUCCUGAAAGCCGCUUGAGGGACUUUUCAACCCACAUCCAGCAAGGUGAAAAAUGAAAACGAUGUCAUCCGAAAUCGGAUUUCUGACUUUGACAAGCGGCGCAUUUCUCAACCAAAAAUUCAGUAAACAAACCAGCCAUGAAUAACAGAAGACUGUUGAUAGCAGCUGUAUUUCAUUUUGUGCAUCCAGUGGGAAAAGACAGUAAAAAACAUCACAAGUUGACAAAAAACUCUGUCAGCUUCAGCUGUCAAAAUAAACAAGUUUCAAGAUGCUGCAUUUCUCAACCAAAAACCCAAUAAAAAAACCAGCCAUGAAUAACAGAAGACUCUUGAUAGCAGCUGUAUUUCAUUUUGUACAUCCAGUGGAGAAAGACAUAAAAAAAAACAUCACAAGUUGACACAAAACUCUGUCAGCUUCAGCUGUCAAAAGUAAACAAGUUUCAAGAUGCUGCAUAAAUUUUCCGCAUGAACUCACCUGUCAAAUUUUGACCAAUCAGAGCAUAAAAAUUGGACGUAGAGCGUGACCAACGCGUGUCCAUGAUAACAAAAGGUCUUCUCCGCCUGUGUUUUUAAAUAACUGGCUGAAUUUUCGUGUCCGAGGUAAGUUUGAAAUCAAAAUCUUAAUAGUGCUGAGCCAAAGUGACAUACUGACACGACAUAUUUCAUAUGAAUUUUUAAAAAAACAAACUUGAGCUUGCGAUUAUUUGAAAACUAGUAACUUGUCAGGGGGAUAACUUCAAAAAAUACUCGACCUUGAUGGGUCGACACCUGAGCCCGCGAUACGGUCAGGUGAUACUGGUCAGCGGAUACCCUGUUUUGACAGCUGUCAAUUGACCACAACAUUGAUGCGCAAUCACUUUUUUCCGGGGCUCCCAAACUAGCUAGAAAGUGUGACAGUAAACAUUGGUAUGCCUGUGGUGCGGACGGACGGUCGUUCGUUCGUUCGUUCGGUGUACGGUCACGUGAUAACCAAAUUUUCUGGGAUGGGUAGAUUUACUUAGCUAUGGGGCUCCGCCCACGCGCGCGCGUGGAGCUCCGCUAUUAUAAGUGUCGUGAACUUUCGCAUUUUUAUAUAAAUUUCAGUAUCAGUUUUGGAAAUGUACGUUGAAUAGCAUAACGUCAAGUUUAUACAAAAAUGCGGAAGUUCACAAUAUUCAUUACCCCUGUUUGGGUUAUAAUUUUGUUCUAGCGCUAUUCAAGUUACUCUGUAUCCGGUAGGGUUGGUAAGAACCCCCUAUUCUUUCUUCUACAAGCCACAAGUUAGUGAUUGGCUUUAGUUUUGGUGCUAGUGCAGUUCUUGCUACUAACGGGUCGGAAAUAUGGUCUCCACUCAGAACCUCCAGUUUUUACCGUAACACCACCUGAAGCAGUCAAUAUAUCCGGUGUAGAGGAACCAAUCAGAAUCAACUGCUCAGCUACAGGCUCCCCUCUACCCAAAAUCACCUGGUACAAGAACAAUAUUACCCUACCCGCGAACAUUUACGUCAACGAUGACGAAGUAACCAGCGAGCUCGUGAUUGGUCAACCUAAGCCCUCUCUCCAGAUCACAUAUACGUGUGUUGCUCGUAACUUGUACAACGACGAACUAAAGACAAGUACAAAAAUAGGUAAGGUGUACUUGGAAAUGCAAGAGUAGUCUUUCCGUGCUCUUCGCCACAAUUGGGAGAUUGCAGUACCCUACGAGAGGAGGUCCUUUAAUUGAUUCCUCUCCAUAAAAAUAAAGGUGCCUUGAUGAGAAGAUCACUAAACCCCGACUCGCAGGAGAGCUAUCAUUUGGGACUAAAAUAAUAUGGAAACAAGUCCCAUUGCUUUUGCACUCAAUUUAUUUUUUCAACAUCAUAAUAUCUGCACUAAGAAGUUUAAUCAUAACCAUUACAAUUUCCUCAAAUUUGACUGGCCGGUACAUUAAGUGCUCUAUUUUCCACUAACCAUUGUAUAUAUAGGGCUGUAAUCGGACAGUGUAAUGGGACAGUUGGUUGUAAUCGUAUCGGAAACCUGUAAUCGGACAGUUACAUUAGCCAAUCAUAUUAAGUGCACUCAGCUAAAUACACCAAUCAGACUGAACUUAUCAAAAUAACCAUAGCAAUAACCAGUAACCCUACUAACCAGGGCAUUUUCCAAAACGGACGAAUUUGUAACACUAGACAGUGUCUCCUGCAGUGAUAUUUUUCCUAAUUUUGGACAUUUGGUAUUCAAAUGCUCUUUCACUAAAAAGAAUCCAUUUAUUUUCUCGGACGUUGUAACGGUUACGACUAAUUGGCAACGGGACUUCGUGUCGUCCAAUUCGGUCUGUAAUCAUAAACAAAAAUCGGAUUUUGUCAAUCACUCUCUUACAGACUGAAUUGGACUCCACUCAGUCCUAUUUCCCUUAAAAGAAGUGAUAUUUUUAUCUAAUUUUCAUGCAUUUACCGCCAGACGUAAAUUCCCGGGAGCAUUCUAGAAAUGUAUUAGCUGCACCCGCUGAUCAACAACUAUAGAAAUUUUUGUAUUUAUCACUAACGUCUUAACUGCAACCGAUCAAACGUUUAAACCUUUUCUUUCUUUUUUCUAGUUUUACGCGAUUGUGGUGACCCAGGAAAACCAGACAAUGCAAUUGCUGUAAGCCAGAGCAAGAAUUACUGGGCAGGAGAGUAUGUCAGGUACCUCUGUAAUCCGGGAUAUGCUAUGGUUGUUACAGCGGUAAGAAGAUGCUUGUCCAGCUGCAAAUGGAGUGGAAAUAUACCAACAUGUAAGAGUCAAAGUUAAAAAAUUAAAUAUGUAAAUCGAUGAUGAUGAUGAUACUAUUAAUAAUAAUAAUAAUAAUAAUAAUGUUGGCAUCCGGUCUGUCUCGGGAGACAAUGUAAUUGGCGCCAGGGUUUAGUCAGUGGUUUAGUCGCAGCGCCUUCUGUGGCUGGGGAACAAUCUGAUUCUGGAUCGGGACGCGUUGCGUUGCAGUUGUUGCAGAUAAAUUCCAUGCAUGGAUCUGUGGGUACUGACGCUGCCAACAGCGUUUGCGCCUGGGUCCUCUCCUCACACGCCUGAAUUAAAAUGUGGCUCACAUAAAGAACUCAUUGUCGUCCUUAACAUUUUAAAGUAAAAAUAAUGUGUUAAUAAGUCACGUGACCAUUUUGCUAAAAAUCGUAAAUUAUUGAUCAAUUAGUUGCCAGUUUAAGAUAAGAAAUCCAGCAAUAACAUUUUUCUAAUUCAUGUUAAAUAUUUCUAGGACUAAAAGUCUUUUAGCGACAGCGAUGACGCAGUGGCCAAAGAGUUUAAUGAAUUCUUUAACUCUAUCGGUCAAAACACAGUUGAAAAAAUUUACUCGUUGGCAAAUGAAUGCAGCUACGACCUCACACAAUCGUCUUUUGUGCCAAGGUGCUAUCUCCCUUCACAACCACUUUCGUUUAGACCCGUCAAUUGUGACGAAGUCCAAAAGGUAAUUACAUUAAUGCCAAGUGACAAAGCCCUGGGGAUUGACAAAAUUAGCAUUCGAGUGAUCAAGCAUAGCCUUCCUGCUAUUUUGCCGUCCGUGACGUCCAUAAUUAACGAGUCCCUCGCAAGUAAUACCUUUCCAGUUGAGUGGAAAACAGCUGAAGUGAUCCCCGUGUUGAAAGAAGGCGAUCAUGAAAAGCCAAAUAACUACCGCCCUAUAUCCCUAUUACCUAUUCUUUCAAAACUAUGUGAGCGUAUCGCUUUAAAUCAACUUAUGCCCUACUUGGUAGGAACGAUCGUCUCUACGCCCAUCAAAGUGGUAAUAAAAAGUGGCAUUCCACCGAGACUUCACUGAUCUACACUUCUGAUCGCAUUCUCACCGCAAUUGACCAAAAGAAAACUUCAGUUGUAGUUCUCCUUGAUAUGAGAAAAGCAUUCGACAGUGUCAACCAUGAUAUUCUGCUUAAAAAUUACAAGAUAUUGGCUUGUCACCCUCUGCCAUCCUGUGGUUCAAGAGCUACUUGUCAACAGGUACCAAGCUGUGCGUAUAAAUACUGCUCUUUCCGAACCCCUGCUAAUGAGGUACGGUGUUUCCCAAGGAAGCAUCCUCGGUCCUUUGCUCUUCACGGCUUACACCAAUGACUUGCCAUCAAUCCCACAACACUGUUCCACGGACUGCUACGUUGAUGACACUAAAUUGCUUAUGUCAUUCCAAGUGCAGGACUGUGAACCGACCAUGGCCGCGAUGUACGAUGAUCUUAUUAAACUACGUAAUUGGUGUUUUAAUAAUAGGCUACUCCUGGACCCGGACAAGACUAAACUGAUUGUAUAUGGAAGUCGGCAAAUGAUAUCGAAACUUCAGGAUUUUCGCCUUACCCUCUUGGGUAAAGAACUUUUACCCGUCGACUCUGUUAAGGACCUGGGUGUAGUGUUUGAUAGUAAACUGUACUCUCAUUCAACGACCACAUAAUUAAAACAGCAUCAUCUUGUAUGUCUUCCCUAGGGCAGACUUAAACAUAUAUUUAGAAAAGACAUACUUGUUACAAUAAUUAAUUCUCUCGUGUUUAGUAAGUUGUAUUACUGCUCGUCCGUCUGGUCGAACACUUCUGCCAGCAAUAUACGCAAACUACGAGUACAGAAUUUCGCUGCUCGCAUAGUUUCUGGGACAAGGAAGUUUGCUAACGUAUCUCUAGCCCUGAAAGACCUGAGAUGGAUACCAGUUAAGUCCCACCUGUAUCUAAGAGACGCCAUCUUGACCUUUAAAUCUAUGACAGGUCAGGUGCCAAACUGCCUCAGUUCAAAUUUUAUCUCCAGACGGAGUAUCAGUGGUCGGACGACCAGAUCAUCUUCCCUGCUUAAUAUACCGCUUUUUAAAACCAAGUCGGGACAGAGAUCUUUUUAUUACAGAACUGUAACAUUGUGGAAUACGUUAAAUCCCCAUUUUAAAUUAAGUGGAUCUCUUAUCAUUUUUAAACGUAAAAUGAAAGCCUUCCUUUUAAAUCAAUUUUUAAUGUCAUAAAUUCAUAUGUAAAUAGUUUCUUGAUAGUUUAUUGAUAAUCAAUUUGUGAUACUUGUUUUCUUUUCUUUUUAUUUUAUUAUUAUUAUUUUUUUUUUUUUUAUUACCUGUACUAUUAAUACUUGUCUCUGAAAAGCCCCCAUGGGGCGUUGACAAUAAAAUUUGUAUUGUAUUGUAUUGUAUUGUAUUGUAUUGCACGUUUGGAAUGACCGUCCAGUGUACUUCAACAAAAAACAUAUGAGGGAAAACGUCAUUUCAAAUGCCCAAAUUUAAUCUUCAAUUAUUUGAAACUUCAAUUUUAAACUUCGCGUACAUUCAUUCCAAACGUAGAAAGAAAAAUAGCUUAUCCUCUUUCAGAGAUGCCAAUUUGUUUAUCCACUCAAAGUAAAUUCGCCACCAAUUCGCCAGUUUUCUUCAUUUUCAACGUUAAGGUACAAGAAAACCUCAAGAUUUACUUUUGUUGAGAAAUCCAUUUUGUCCUAGGUCUACUAGCGAGAGAUAUUGCUAGUCAUUCAUAUGCUCAGAACACACCUUUAACUCGGGCCUUAAAUCCCUUGAGACGGCCUUGCCAGCUGAUGCCCAAAAUCCUUCCGAGGCAGCGCUGGUGGAUAGUGUGGGGUCUGCGCUUUUGGCGGGAUUAGAGGGUCCAUGUCUCUCCCAAGAGCAACGCAGGACUGGUACACAAAGUCCUCCAUCACCUCGAGAGUGUAGUCGCCAAUGGAGAAGUUUGGGGCCCUGCUAGUAUUUUGGCCAAGGAUGUUGGUCUUCUUGAGACUGUUAAUGAGACCAAACCCGCUCGAAGGAGCUGAUAAGUCGCCUUAAAGCACCGUCAGUGUGCGUGGGCGGUUAGGACAGCGUCGUCUGCAAACAGCAACUCCCUUAUCAGUACUUUCUGAACCUUGGUCUUUGCUCGGGGGCGUGCAAGGUUGAUGUCCAUCACUUCUGGUGUGAAGGUACACACCAUCCUCUGACUGGCUGAAGGCGACAGCAAUAGAGAGAAAAUGACGCCGAAGAGUGUAGGAGCAAGUGCACAGCCCUGUUUUACUCUGCUCUUGAUUGGGAAGGGGUCUGAGGUUGAGCCAUCGUACUGGAAUUCAUAUACAUCUAUCACAUUCACCUCUUUAACCGGGCAGGAUUAGCUCCGUCGGUAGAGCGCUUGACUGCAGAGCGGGAGGUUCGAUUCCCGGGACCGAACCAACACACAGGGUCUUAAAAUGACUGAGAAAUGAAGGUAUUGCUUUGCCCUGCAAAUGGCUAGACCCUCGCGUGGCUCGGAUGACCACGUAAAAUGCGGUGUCAGUGACGAAGUUCUCCCUAUAGUGCAGCUCUUGGUAGUAUUCUGCCAAUUUCUUCAUCAGGUUGCUCCGGUCUGUAAUGAUGUCGUCGGCAGGUGACUUCAGAGGAGCAGUUUGGGCAGUGCUUGGACCGAAAGCUAUCUUUAUGCCAUCGUACAUGGCGCGGAUGUCCCAGCAGUCAGCAGAGAGUUAUGGAUGCUCUAACAGAGACGCAGCCAGUAGUCGUUGGCGAGGCGGCGAGCGUUCCUUUGGGCAUCGACUUCUUGGCCUUCCUGAGUGCAGUACGUUAGUGUCUUAUCAGAAGGCUCCCUCCUGUAGUCGAGCACUGCUGCUCUCUUGCAAAAGUUGCAAUCACUAGCUCGAGCUUUCGGUAAUGCCAGCUUCACAGCAGUCUGUAAACAGUUUGUGUUCUGCCUCUUUUUCUUGCCAACGGCGUCUAUGGCCGAGUUGUAAAUGGCGACACGGGUAUGGUACCAUCUUUCCCCAGCGCUUGAUGUGGAGAAGUCCCUUAGGACCUCUUCAAUGGAGUCGGCGAAGCUCUCAUGCAGGUCUGGUAUUGCUGUCCUAGCCUUGUUGUAACCUGCGAUCAGACGUUUUUUUUUGUUUUUCGGAAGAACGACACCUGAUCGCAGGUUAGCGCUGUGUCCUUUUGUGCUAGGGUUGAGGGCUUACCUUCCUACCCACCAGAGAGUGGUCACUGUCACAGUCAGCGCUGUGUUAGCUGCGCGUACUGAGGACACAGUUAAGAAGGGGUCUUGAAGUGAUAACAAGAUCCAGCGGGUGCCUGCAGUGACGGAAUCUUAUCUGGGGUGUGACGCCAGGAUAGUUCAUGGUUAGGCUUGGUUGAGACGGAGAUGUUGGUUACGGAUAUUUCCAUGGUACUUAAUGCCCUAAAUUUCCGAGUUCUAGAAACACUCUCAGUUCAAAACGAGGCUAUGUACAGUACAAAACCUUUCGUUCAAAAAGGACUUUUGUUUGCGUGAAAUAAAAAAAAAUCAUUUUCAUGUCUAUGGCUUCGCACUUUGCCUCGCUUCGAAUAAAAGUCCUUUACAAGUUACUUAAUAUUUAAUGAAAGUCAAUUCCCUUCAUCGACUUUAUUGUUUUGUCGUUUGUUUGUUUUUUCAGGUACAGAAAAGCCUGAAUGCGAGCCUUACUGGACCAUAGAUGACAACACCAGACGGAAAAGUUUCACGGCUUCACGAAGUAGUAAGAAUGACUACUAUUUGGCUGAAGGAUGGUACAGGUUUAUAUCAGGCAAACAAAUGUCUACAAGUUGUAGUUAUAGAUCCAGCUAUUGCGAUACUUCAUAUGCAGGAUGGUUGCAGGGAAGCCAUCCGUCAGUAAAGGAAGGGGUGGUCUCUCGGAAAGUGUGUUUUGGCAAUACUGGUUCACGUGGUUACAGUAGUUACUGUAGUUGUCAAUAUAGUACAUAUAUAAAGGUGCGAAACUGCGGUUCUUUAUACAUCUACAAACUGAAACCCACACCAAAUCAGAACUGUCGUUAUUGUACUGAAUACUAA